UAAACUUCUAUCACACUAAUCAAUUUCAUAACAUUACAAUCACUCAACUACGACAAUAAUAUGGUAGAACUAGAAGCAAAAAACCACAACCGUAGCAAAAGACGCAGUUGCUACCUCUUAGCAAUAAUCAUCUUCGUUGCUCUCAUAAUCCUCAUUUUAUUCCUCAUCAUCAAACCACAAACCUUCAAAUUCAGUGUCCAUAAAGCUAAACUCACCCAAUUCAACUACACAACCAAAACCAACACCCUCCAUUACAACCUCGUACUCAACUUCACGGCACGUAACCCAAACAAAAACCUCAACAUCUACUAUGAUGAAAUAAAUGGACAUGUAUCAUACAAAGGAACAAGGUUUGCUUCAACGGAUGUUAUAACAAGGUUAAAUUCAUUCCGUCAAUACACGAACAGCACGAACCUUAUGAGCGGUGUUUUCUCUGGACAACGUCGUGUUGUUUUUGAUCGUGAUCAGGUUUCUGGUUUUGAACGUGAUAAGAAAGAUGGAGUUUUUCGUAUUGAUGUGAAAUUAUAUUUCAAAAUAAGGUUUGUGCUUGAUGGUUUUAAUGUUGGACAUAAUAAGGGUAACAUUAAAUGUGAACUUUAUGUUCCUUUCGGUUCUAAUGGGACUAAGGUUAUAAAUGCAUUUAAACCCACCAAGUGUGAUGUUAAUUUCUGAGGGUCAUCAAUUCAGGAACAUCACUUGUUUGUGGGAAU